CUUUGUUUUCAUCUCCGACACACGACGAAGGCGGAAAAAUGGUGCAGCGGCUGACAUACAGGAAGCGCCACAGCUAUGCUACCAAAUCCAAUCAGCACCGGAUCGUCAAAACUCCCGGAGGGAAGCUAGUGUAUCAGACCACCAAGAAGAGGGCAAGCGGCCCCAAAUGCCCUGUUACUGGAAAGAGAAUUCAAGGGAUUCCUCACUUGAGACCUGCUGAGUACAAGAGAUCUAGAUUAUCGAGGAACCGAAGGACUGUCAACCGUCCAUAUGGUGGAGUGUUGUCUGGCGGUGCUGUAAGGGAAAGGAUCAUUAGAGCUUUCCUAGUCGAAGAACAAAAGAUCGUAAAGAAGGUUUUGAAGAUACAGAAGACGAAGGAAAAAGUUGCUUCCAAGAGCUGAAAUGUAAACCAGAUGUGAGGCAGUUUUGUGGGGAGUUUUGAAGCUUUUUGUCUUGCAUGUAAAAUUGCCUGGGGAUUAAUUUUGAAAUAUGAAUUAUUCUUUAUUUCAGUUUACAGAUGGGUUUAAAGAGUUUUCUUGAUUCUUCAAUUUUUAAUCA